UUUAAAUAUGUCUGGACGUGGCAAAACCGGCGGCAAGGCCAGAGCAAAGGCCAAGACUAGGUCCUCUCGUGCAGGACUCCAGUUUCCAGUGGGCAGAGUCCACAGACUUCUACGCAGAGGCAACUAUGCCCAGCGCGUAGGUGCUGGCGCACCGGUUUACUUGGCGGCUGUGCUUGAAUACUUGACUGCUGAAAUCUUGGAGUUGGCCGGCAACGCUGCCCGCGACAACAAGAAGACCAGGAUCAUUCCCCGCCACCUGCAGCUGGCUGUCCGGAAUGACGAGGAGCUCAACAAACUUCUCGGCGGUGUCACUAUUGCACAGGGUGGCGUGUUGCCCAACAUCCAGGCUGUGCUUCUUCCCAAGAAGACCGAGAAGGCUGGCAAAGCCAAAUAAAUUUUCGUUAUCUUAACUCCCCAAACGGCUCUUUUAAGAGCCAACCACUUGUUUCUUGAAGAGUAUAAUUCCACAUGAGUUGAUCAGAUUAUAAGCAGAAAUAUUCGCAAUAACGGUACACAAAAACAACCAAGCGGCUUAAACUAGGACUAACAAAUUAACGGAUGCUAUUCAAAACGAACGUCCAUAUGGACACGCUAUGCUUGUAUGAACUACACGAGAAAAAGUGAGAAAUUUGAUUCU